AUGUCGAGAUCUCAAAAACUGAAGAUGAUUCUUCAAAAGAGUCGGGUGAACCAAAAUCAUGCACGCAUACAUCAACUAGACAACAAAGAAGCAAGCCACAGCCUUUCCAGAAACAACUCCAAAGAGGUUGCAAAUGGAGCUCAGUCAUUGGCUGCAGAAGAUCUAAAAGAUGUAAUGGCGUUUGGAGGCGGGUUUGUGAUAGUUAGCCAAAUGAGCAAUCAGUGGGAAAAAGCAGAGCUCAGCCUAAAUAGGCCAAGAAAAAUCUCAACUUUUUCCACUGAAAAAAAAACCCAUAGCCAAGCACAAAACCGUACUAUGAUGCCAUCAUCAAUGGCCACCAGCAGAAAACCUGCCGAUAUUUACAGAGCUACCAACAAGAAACUGUUCAAGCUCUCCCCUUUUGGCAUUUCAGCCCUAAAAUUUGAACCCAUAAUCGCUUGA